AUGUUGCUGUGGGAUCUAGUUUCAGUUAUUGAUAUAGAAGGGCCCACUCUAUUAUAUAAAAUCCACAUUGCAAGUGAAAUUUCUACCCGCAUCAUCUCUCUGCAGUUUGAAACCUGCAGUUUUAAUGGUUUCGACAAGAAUGUCUUAGCUGUUGCAACAGAGGACUCAUCUGUUUUGGCUCUUGAUAGUGAUAAUGGAAACACAUUGAGCACUAGUCUGGUUCAUCCCAAGAAACCCACUAGAGCACUUUUAAUGCAGAUAUUGGACUCCAGCAAAGGGAGUAGUGUUGAGGAUGCCAUGCAAAAGCAGUCUUUGCUACUGCUAUGUUCCGAAAAAGCAGCAUACAUAUAUUCCUUCACACAUGUCAUGCUGGGAGUUAAGAAGGUAAUAUACAAGAAGAAAUUUCAAUCAUCUUGUUGCUGGGCAUCGACAUUCUACACCUCUGAUGUUGGCCUUAUACUCGUUUUUACAACUGGAAAAAUUGAGAUAAGGUCCUUGCAUGACUUAUCUUUGAUAAAGGAGACUUCAAUAAGGGCCUUCACAUAUUCCACAUCAAAACUAAGUUCACAUGCUGGCAAUUCGAUAUGCUCUUCAUCCGAAGGAGAACUUGUUAUGGUGAACAGUGAUCAAGAAAUCUUUCUCUUCUCUCUCAUUUUCCAGAAGCAAAGCUUUUGGUAA